UCAUUGGUUUGAUUCUGUCAUCUACAAAACAUCCUUCUUACAUACUCUCGGGAUUUAUGUAUAUUUAAACCUUUCAAAAAAUCAAACCCCCUUCCUUACGCUUCCUCCAUCAAUCCAUCCAACUUUCAUCAUAACAAUAAUAUUGUUCUUUACUUCACAAUUCAUCUUCCAAUCAAUUCAAAGGCAUUUCUUCGAACAGUUGGUGGAGGUUUAGUGUUGUAGGAGUGAAAUGACUUCUACUAGUAGUUCUAGUAAAUCGUUUAAGGUGUUUGGUCGAACGGUUUUAGGGUUUGGGGGUGAUCACACUCAGGUGCAUUCUGAGGAGGUGAAGAAUGAGCCGAAAUCGUUACAGGAUCGUGAACUUGACGAGUUUCAGAAUCAAGUUUUUAGCCGGUUUAAUCCGCUAUCAGCUUCUUCAGCGGAUGACUUUCUCUCCAUUGAUUGGAUGUGUAAGCUGCUAGACGCGUUUGUCGCGUGUUUAGAAGAUUUCAAACUUGUUUUGUUGAACAACGAAAAUGUUUCAAAACCGCCUUUAGAUAGGCUGCUUAUGGAGUUUUACGAUAGGAAUAUCAAGGCUCUUGAUAUCUGUAACGCUGUUCGUGACGGGAUUGAGAAAGUCCGGGUAUGGAAUAAGCAUCUAGAGAUUGUUUCGAGUGCUUCCGAUUCGAAACAGAGGAAUGUGAUGAGUGAGUGGCAGUUUAGGAGGGCGAGAAAGGCGUUAAAUGAUUUAGCUAUACUUAUGCUCGAUGAUCAUAAGGACUCCGGAUCUGUUUCUUCGCAUAGAAACCGAUCGUUCGGGCGUCCAAACAAAGGGAAAGAUGUAAACCAGCAACGAAAGCCAGGACACUCGAGAUCCCUUUCGUGGAGCGUGUCUAAUUCGUGGUCAGCAAAUAGGCAGCUUCAGUCAAUAUCAAACGGUUUGGUUCAGCCUCGGGCGAACGAUAUUCCGCACCAUUUUGGUCUUGCGAACUGUGUUUUCACCAUGGGUUUUGUCCUGAUGUUUGUGUUGUGGAAUGUAGUGGCUGCAAUCCCGUGUCAAGAUCGUGGUCUGUUUAAUUUCUCCGUACCAAGGCAAUACUCAUGGAGCGGUCCGUUGUUCUUGAUUCAGACUCGGGUUUUGGAAGAAUCGAAGAAGCGUGAGCGUAAGAACAGUCCUGGGCUGUUAAGCGAGAUUUACCAGAUGGAGAAAUCCAUCAACUUGGUUUCGGAUUUGAUCGAUUCGGCUCACCAGUUUCCGUUAACCGAAGAAGAGCAGAAGGAAGUGAGAGAGGGAAUUCAGGAGUUAUCUUUGGUUUCUAAUUCGUGUAAGAAUGGACUAGACAUACUGGACCGACAACUGAGAGAUGUUUUUCGCAAAAUCAUGUCUUGUCGAACUGAAGGUCUUGCAACAUUGAGCAGCGCACAAUCUUGAAAAAGGGUGACGGGUUUUGGGCAGGUAAUUUACGGUUAUGUAAAGAAGCAAAAUCUUGUCAUUGAUCUAUCUUGUUUGGUUCAUUUCUGUCAUUGAACUGUUUUGUGGAACUCAAUCAUGUUACUUCCAUAUGUUCAUUUUUUGUUAUAUACACAAAAGACUAUACCUUUAUACAAU